CUAUAAGUCACUACUGAAGGAGCUGUAAGGGUUAAGGCCGUAAAGCAUGCAGCUUGUCGCACAGACGGGUCUGGGGCUGGUAGGCUGCAUGGGGAGCGGUGAGCCCGAGCUGUCGGGCCGGUGGAUACUAUCGCUAUGUCGGUCCUGACCAUCCUGCUAGGCCGCUCCCCGGUGUCUGCUCUCAGUUGCCCGGCCCGCCGGCUGCUCAGAGGCCGUGACCUGCUUCACGACACCUGGGCCCGGAGCCGCCAUGCGCUGCGGCAUGUACGGGACACCCCGGGGCUCCAGAGAGGAUCCAGCCCGCUGCUCUCCGCUCACCUGCUCCGGGCCCUGCACGGCCGCCCCGCCGGACACCUGCCCCUGCUGCGGCCCUGCGCCCCGACCGUAUGCGGGACCGAACGGCAACAAUCCGGGAAGAGCUCCGGAGGAGAGGACACAGACCCUGCCCAGAGAGAGCAGCCCGAUCUGUAUGAAAACCCCUGGACGAUCCCAAAUCUCCUGUCCAUGACCAGGAUCGGCCUCUCUCCAGUCCUCGGUUACCUCAUUGUUGGAGAAGACUUUAACCUUGCACUUGGGAUUUUCGUCCUCGCAGGGAUAACAGAUUUGUUGGAUGGAUAUAUUGCAAGGAAUUGGGCCAAUCAGAAGUCAGCGUUGGGAAGUGCUCUUGAUCCACUAGCGGACAAAAUCCUGAUCAGUGUCCUGUACGUCUGCUUAACGUAUGCAAAUCUAAUCCCAGUUCCUCUGACAGUCAUGAUCAUUCUGAGGGACAUUGCCUUGAUUGGUUCUGUUUUUUAUGUCCGCUAUAAAACCCUUCCACCUCCAAGAACUCUUGGCAGAUAUUUUAACCCUUGCCAUGUAACUGCUCAGUUAGAGCCAACGUUUAUCAGUAAGAUGAACACCGCAGUCCAGUUAAUACUGGUGGCAGCGUCACUUUCGGCUCCUGUAUUUGAUUAUGUGGAUAGUGUCUAUCUUCAAGCGUUAUGGUGUAUCACUGCUUUCACAACUGUGGCUUCAGGGUACAGCUACUACCAUUAUGGACAAAAGACUGUAAAAGUUCUGAACAAUAAGUAAAAGCAUGGACUUCCCUUGGAGCAAUAACAUGUAGGAUAGGACAUCUCUUCAAUGUAAUUACUGGAUACUGAUGAUCAAUGGACUCAUCUGAAUCAAUGUGGAGUAAAUCUUAUUUAUACACUUAAUAUUCAAUAUUUGAAUUUGAUAUAAUAAACACGACAGGUUUUGUGGAAUCAUUUUGACAAACGUUCCCAGUGUGGAAAUGGUUUUGCCGAUGUCCGAUGAAUUUUUGUCAAGUGACUUUUUUUGGGAGGUGAUAUUGUAUACUUAUUCUGAUUUUCACUUAGAUGUAAAGGAAUUUUAUAAGGGAAAUAACCUCAUAAACGUAUUAAUCCAAUGUGGUGUUUAUAUUUUGUGUGUGGUAAAUAGAGGUGAUGUCCUGAGAGGAUAAAACCUGGUACACAAAAGGUGAAAAUGGCGACCGUGAAAGCAUCAAAAUCUGCAUUCGCUUAAAGAGGGAGAGUCAUCAAAACCUGGCCAGAGGAUAAGUUGACCGGUUGGCCAUAGCAACCAAUCAGAUUGCUUAUUUCAUUUUUGAAAAGGCCUCUGUAAAAUAACAGAAGCGAUCUGAUUGGUUGCUAUGGGCAACUUUUGCUAAAUCUCCCCCC